CGCAAAAAAUGAUAUAACACGAAAUUGUUUUGUUUAUUAAAUAAAAAAAAACAAACAUUUAAUUUAAAACAGUGUUUAUGUAGGAUGUUCACAUCGCAGCGUUAUAAUUUAAUAAUACGUAAGAUUUUGACAACAAGAGGUGUUCAAAAUGCCAACAUAUUUACGGGACCUGUAACAUACAGCGCUAAUUAUUAUGAAGCCCUGGGCAUAUCGAAGAAUUCGACUCAGGGAGAAAUAAAAGCAGCCUAUUAUAGGUUGUCUAUGCUAUACCAUCCAGACAAAAACCAAGGUAGCGAGAGUGCAGCCAUAAAAUUUCGAGAAAUAACACAAGCGUAUGAGGUUUUGGGAAACUUCAGAUUGCGCAGGUUAUAUGAUAAAGGAAUAAUACAUACGGCGGGUUCACAGUAUGCUCAAGCAACUGAAGAAACUGUGAAAGAUGUAGACCAAGAAGUGGAAGAUGACCCAUCAACUAAAUUUUAUAAAUCUCGCUUUACGAAGUCAAAGGUUUCCAAUAGUGAAGGUCGCACACCAAUUUACAAUUUCGAUGAGUGGUCUAAAGAACACUAUGGAAAAUCUUUUGAACGCCGAAAAGCGGCUAAAGCUAAAUUCGAUCGUACCCAGGCUCAGGCGAAAGAACAUGCUUUAAUAGCACAGAAUGAAAUUUUACUAUUUGGUAUUGCCGUCGUUUGCGUCCUUAUAUACCUCAAGUUUAUGGCGGAAUCAUCCUACGACACUCCUAAAGAUAAAGCAAUAAAGGCAGCAGAAGAGAAGCAAAAGUAAAAAGAAGCAUCAAUUUAGCUUAUUUAGAUUUAUGUAGAAAAUUGUAAAUAAUUUAUUAUUAUUUGUUGUUGAAGGAGGAGAACCUGCUAAUAUUGUAUGUAUUUUACUAUCAUAAAAAACGAAAUUGAUUAUAUGUAACAAUAAUAAAUAAGGGUUAUUUAUUUAAAAGCGA